UUGAUGGGUGUAACUGGGAGUGGCGAGACGACAUUCACGAACCUGAUCACCAAUGCAAGACUCAAGGUAGGACAUGGCUUGGGCUCAUGCACUACGGAGAUACAGCUCGCCGGCUUGAAGCUGGACGGAAAGGACGUCGUCUUGAUUGAUACACCUGGGUUCGACGAUACGGACAGGUCUCAGGGCGACGUAUUGAAUCAAAUUGCGACCUUCCUGAAACAAACAUACGAGGAUGGAAGGCGUCUUUCCGGCGUCAUAUACCUGCACCGCAUAUCAGAUAUUCGUAUGAGUGGCAGCGCUAUCGAGAGCUUCCGAUUGUUCAAGGAGAUCUGUGGCGAUGAAGCCAUGACCAAUGUCAUCGUUGCUACGACGAUGUGGCAGCAUGUGGACAACGUGAAAGCCGUAGAAAAGGAAGCGGAGCUAAGCGAUAAGUAUUUCAACGAGGCUAUCUCUCGAGGGGCACGUAUGCUUCGCCACGACAACACAGAGUCGUCGGCAAAGGCGAUUCUCCGGGACCUCCUUCGUCACGAUGAAGAGCCGAAAGCAUUAUUGAUGCAAAAAGAGAUGACCAACGAGCGUAAGCAAAUCCCGGACACGCAAGCAGGAAAACAUUUGUUAGACGCACUUGACAAUCUGUUCCGAGGUUUGCAAAAGAAGCUGAGCUCUCAAGAUGGGGAAGAUCAAGAAAUGCGAAGGAAAAUCGACAACAUCGAAGACAAGAGGAGAAGGUUUCACAUGGCCAUCGCCGUCGAUAUUCUCACACGGCUAAUUUCGAGCGCACAAAUGGUAAACAACUGGAUUCCUUGUACGUAUCAUUAG